UAUUCAUUAGUCAUCAUGAAGGUCUUACGGCAUGCAGACAGAUGAGGGUGCCUCUGUUAUUCCACUAGCAAGGUGUCAUUUGAAAGAUGGAUUACAUGAAAGGUCAAAUGCUCAGGGGAACUUGUUUCUCGUCCCUUGCCAUCGCCCUCUUCUGAGGCUUGAGCUCAGCGGUUGCAUCUAGUCCGACCUUUCUUGCGUUGGGUUGCGCGGUAGAUUUCAGGAAUGUCAGCUCAGGGGCCAGUUGCACGAGCGCCCAUGCCUAGGCUUCGAACAAUUGGUUCACUUCUCCGCUCGACUUGCAUCUUUUUCGUAUUUUUCCUAGCUUUUGGAGGGGACAAGGCGUCGGCUCAACAUAGCAAUGUGACUUGUCUAAGUAGCUUCGACUGGUCGCUAAAUACUCAGGGGAGGACUCCUUGCAAAGUCGCCUCAGAGCUUCAGGCAGAAUGCGCUAGUGGACGAUGGGACAUAACGCCACUCCCCACCGGAUAUCGAUAUAUUGGUCCAACUACGGGACAGGCUUCCUACUGCAUCUGUGAUUCUGUUACGUACCAGCUAAUGUCGGCAUGUGGAGCAUGCCAGAACGAGACGUGGAUCACGUAUCUUGAAUGGUCAACGAAUUGCGGGAACAUCACAACACUGGUAGAGGGGGAAUACCAGCCAUCCUUGAUUCCCCCCGGCACCCUAGUGCCCCGUUGGGCGUAUAUCAAGCCUUCCGACUUUGCUGGAACUUUCAACUUAUAUGCUGCCAAGUCGGCCGGCGACACACCUGAAAGUUCCCGAGUACCGAGUAUAACCUCAAGCCUAGGCCCACGCCCGCCCCCAGGUAGACAUUCAAAUGCUGGUGCAAUCGCGGGAGGUGUAGUCGGUGGUGUGCUUGGCUUCGCCCUGAUUGCGGUGUUUGCAGCAUGGGUCCUUAGAGGACCAGGCGGCAGUCGUGACAAAGGCGAGAAGCCUCUCCCCAUGCGUCCGAUGGGUCCGGCCACAAAUCCGAACGAGCAACCUGCUUUGGCAUAUCAAAACCCUUUCCCCGUGCAUCAUCAAGACCAGUAUCCCGACCCGCCCCAAUACAGCGGAUAUCCCACUCCACGGGCCUUAUCGCCUAUGAAGGCAGCCUGAACCAAGUGUCGAUUUACGCCCCCUCGUCAUCUAUCAUGAUUCUAGGACGCCGCCGCUGCUCGCUAUAUUUCCCCGAUCGUCGCUGAAAAGGUGUUAUUCCAUAUUUCUCAAUGCGCGGUUCUGAUUUUUCCAACGCUCAACUUUUCGUCGGACUUGGCGUGAUCCGCUCAUUUGCGUGGCAAACAAGCCCAUAACUUUCCAUGCUGCCUUAUUCAUUGUAUUUUUGGGUGAUGA